AUGUACCAGGCCUGGGCAAAAGGGCAACCACCAGCUUACCCGGCCAACCCUGCCUUCAUCCCGCCCCUGGCUCAGUCUCAGGAUCAUCCUGCCACUGAUUCAUCCCCGAGUUUUCCCAUUUACCAACACUACCAGAGCACAACUUCCCAAACACUACCAGCUCCACCACCCAAACCAGUUCCAUACCCUUCUCCACCAGCCACUGCUAUCUUCGUGGCGCCCCCUCCCGCUACAUUCUACAGAUCCUCUAGCGAGCCUUUGUUCCAAGCUCAUGAUAACCAGUAUUACCCCCCGGAGCCCACUUUCAAAGCUCCAGAACCCUAUUCUUACACUUCGAUCUUCUUGUGGAAGCUGAGAAACCGUACAAAAAUCCCGAACAAGAGGAGAUGUUAA